GCGAGGUCACGUAACGGCCUCCGGCGUCUGCCGGGGAGGGGGCCUCCCGCGCGCCGCGGCUCCGGAGCAGUUAGCGGCUAGUAAACAACAGCUGCGCGCGCACCCGCAUCAGCUGGCGCGGGAUCCCGCACCUGCGACCAGCCUGCGUGGCCGUCUUCUCGGCUGAGACCCAAGGAGAGCCGGCAAGAGGCCAUCCGCGUCGGCCCGGGGAAAAACGCGUCCUGUCACACGCGGCACAAACACGGCGAGCGGUCGUGGGCUCGGGGGACUCGCGACGACCCUGCCGCGACCCGGAGCUGCUGUCGGAGCUGCCCUGAUCCGCUAGCCGCCGCCUCCAGCCCCUCGGCCAGGAAGAGAUCUCUGGGAGGCAGGAAUCCACUCUGCCCCGGCAUCCUCUCGUUGCUCGCCUUUCUCUCCAUCCUGUAGUGUGGGGGUAUUUUUCCCGUUAUGCAUGUGCACCUCUCCCACCAGACCCAAGUGGAUUGUCGACCUCAGAAACAUCGGGUGGCUCAGCACACACCUCCCAGCCAGACCUGUGGGGUAUUCACCUGAUACACAACAGGUGGCCGUGCACACCUUUUCGCAAUCUGAUCCACGCUAUAGUCGCCUGAUAAGGGUGGGCCUGCAUGCUCUUUCCUCAGCUAGAACCGUGGGACACUCAGCAGAUAAAGGACUAACUACCUCAUCAGGACCUGGGGGUUGAGCAGAGAGAGGCGUCACCAGCUGCCAUAAGAUCAUGGCAUGGAGCCCUCAGCCAUGGACCAGGGGAGAUAGCUAGGAUUCUGAAGGAGCCAAGUUACACAAGAUUAGCAUCGUUUUGUUCUCAUUUUGUUUUUCAAAAAUUAUUUUUCAGUUACUGGUAUUGCACUUUAUGAAACAGUUGGCUUGAAUUCUAAGUAGAAGGAUUCUUAAUUGGGCCUUUGUGAGAUGUAAAUCAAGGUAAUUGAGGGUUUUUUUUUUAAGUUUUCUAUUUUUGCAAUCAAAAGUAGCUAGCGUAGGAGGAAGAGUUUUUGUGAGCUUUUCCUUUUCUCUUUCUUGAAAAGGGGAAAAAAAAUGCAUCCUCCAGAACCUACCACCAAGAUGUCUUCAGUUCGGUUCAUGGUGACACCAACCAAGAUUGAUGACAUUCCAGGUUUGUCAGACACCAGCCCGGACCUCAGCUCUCGAUCUAGUUCCAGAGUAAGAUUUAGCUCCCGAGAAAGUGUGCCAGAAACAAGCCGUAGUGAGCCUAUGAGUGAACUGUCUGGGGCCACUACCUCUCUGGCAACUGUUGCCCUAGAUCCUUCCAGUGACCGGACUUCUAACCCCCAGGAUGUUACCGAGGAUGAUGGACAUAAAAAAGCUCGAAAUGCUUAUCUCAACAAUUCCAACUAUGAAGAAGGAGAUGAGUAUUUUGAUAAAAAUCUGGCACUCUUUGAGGAAGAAAUGGACACCAGACCAAAGGUGUCGUCUCUCCUCAACCGCAUGGCCAACUAUACUAACCUGACACAGGGAGCAAAGGAACAUGAAGAGGCAGAGAACAUCACUGAGGGAAAAAAGAAGCCUACCAAGAGCCCCCAAAUGGGUACUUUCAUGGGUGUCUACCUACCUUGUCUACAAAAUAUUUUUGGAGUGAUCCUCUUUCUGCGUCUUACCUGGGUAGUGGGCACAGCUGGAGUCCUUCAGGCCUUUGCAAUUGUCCUUAUCUGCUGCUGCUGUACAAUAUUGACAGCCAUCUCCAUGAGUGCCAUUGCCACUAAUGGGGUGGUGCCAGCUGGGGGCUCAUACUUUAUGAUUUCCCGGGCCUUGGGCCCAGAGUUUGGUGGGGCUGUUGGCCUCUGUUUCUAUCUUGGCACCACAUUUGCAGCAGCCAUGUAUAUUCUUGGUGCCAUUGAAAUUUUUCUGGUGUAUAUUGUCCCUCGUGCUGCCAUCUUUCACAGUGAUGAUGCACUCAAGGAAUCAGCAGCCAUGCUAAAUAACAUGCGUGUCUAUGGCACAGCCUUCUUGGUCCUCAUGGUCUUAGUGGUAUUCAUCGGCGUACGCUAUGUGAAUAAGUUUGCCUCACUUUUCCUGGCCUGUGUAAUUGUGUCCAUUUUGGCUAUCUACGCUGGUGCCAUCAAGUCUUCCUUUGCUCCACCACACUUCCCGGUCUGCAUGCUGGGCAACCGCACUCUUUCAUCAAGACACCUUGAUGUUUGCUCUAAGACCAAGGACAUUAACAACAUGACAGUGCCAUCAAAGCUAUGGGGAUUCUUCUGUAACUCAAGUCAAUUUUUUAAUGCCACCUGUGAUGAGUACUUUGUUCACAAUAAUGUCACCUCAAUCCAAGGCAUUCCUGGGCUGGCUAGUGGUAUCAUUACUGAAAACCUUUGGAGUAAUUAUUUACUGAAGGGUGAGAUCAUUGAAAAGCCAUCAGCCAGGUCAUCUGAUGUCUUGGGCAACUUAAACCAUGAAUAUGUCCUUGCCGACAUCACCACCUCCUUCACUCUUCUGGUGGGGAUCUUCUUUCCUUCUGUCACAGGUAUCAUGGCUGGGUCAAACAGAUCUGGAGAUCUGAAAGAUGCUCAGAAGUCCAUUCCCAUUGGAACUGUCCUUGCCAUCCUGACCACAUCCUUCGUGUAUUUAAGCAAUGUUGUCCUUUUUGGUGCAUGUAUUGAAGGAGUUGUUCUCCGAGACAAAUUUGGGGAUGCUGUGAAAGGAAAUUUGGUUGUAGGCACCUUAUCUUGGCCAUCCCCAUGGGUGAUUGUUAUUGGCUCCUUCUUUUCAACGUGUGGGGCUGGACUUCAGAGCCUCACAGGUGCACCUAGGCUGCUACAGGCUAUUGCCAAGGAUAACAUCAUACCAUUUCUUAGGGUUUUUGGUCACAGCAAAGCCAAUGGGGAACCUACCUGGGCCUUACUUCUAACAGCUGCCAUAGCCGAGCUGGGAAUUCUCAUCGCCUCCCUGGAUCUCGUGGCCCCAAUUCUUUCCAUGUUUUUUCUCAUGUGUUACCUCUUUGUGAACUUGGCAUGUGCCUUGCAAACAUUACUUCGAACCCCCAACUGGAGGCCCCGAUUCCGCUACUAUCACUGGGCCCUCUCUUUCAUGGGAAUGAGUAUCUGUCUAGCGCUGAUGUUCAUUUCUUCCUGGUAUUAUGCCAUUGUAGCUAUGGUAAUAGCUGGCAUGAUCUACAAGUACAUUGAGUACCAAGGGGCUGAGAAAGAAUGGGGCGAUGGUAUCCGUGGGCUGUCCCUCAGUGCAGCUCGCUUCGCUUUGCUCCGCCUAGAGGAAGGGCCUCCUCACACUAAAAACUGGAGGCCGCAGUUGCUUGUACUGCUGAAGCUGGAUGAAGACUUGCACGUCAAGCACCCUCGCCUCCUCACCUUCGCCUCCCAACUCAAGGCUGGAAAGGGACUCACUAUUGUGGGCUCUGUCAUCGUGGGGAACUUCUUGGAGAACUAUGGUGAAGCUCUGGCUGCAGAGCAGACCAUCAAGCACCUAAUGGAGGCAGAAAAGGUAAAAGGAUUCUGUCAGCUGGUGGUGGCUGCCAAGCUGAAAGAGGGCAUUUCACACCUCAUCCAGUCCUGUGGCCUUGGGGGCAUGAAGCACAACACAGUGGUGAUGGGUUGGCCCAACGGCUGGCGUCAGAGUGAAGAUGCCCGUGCUUGGAAGACUUUCAUUGGCACAGUUCGAGUGACAACUGCUGCCCAUCUAGCCCUGCUGGUGGCUAAAAAUGUCUCCUUCUUUCCCAGCAAUGUGGAGCAAUUUUCUGAGGGCAACAUUGAUGUGUGGUGGAUUGUGCAUGAUGGGGGCAUGCUCAUGCUGUUACCAUUCCUACUGAAACAGCACAAGGUAUGGCGAAAAUGCAGCAUAAGGAUCUUCACGGUGGCCCAACUUGAAGACAACAGUAUCCAGAUGAAGAAGGACCUGGCCACCUUCCUGUACCAUCUGCGCAUUGAGGCUGAAGUGGAAGUGGUGGAGAUGCAUGACAGUGACAUAUCUGCGUAUACAUACGAGCGCACCCUGAUGAUGGAGCAGAGGUCCCAGAUGCUCCGGCACAUGCGGCUAUCCAAAACGGAGCGCGACAGAGAGGCACAACUGGUAAAAGAUCGAAACUCAAUGCUGCGCUUAACUAGCAUUGGUUCUGAUGAGGAUGAAGAGACAGAAACUUACCAGGAGAAGGUGCACAUGACUUGGACCAAGGAUAAAUACAUGGCUUCCCGGGGACAAAGGGUCAAGUCAAUAGAAGGAUUCCAGGACCUACUUAAUAUGCGUCCGGACCAGUCCAAUGUGAGACGGAUGCAUACAGCAGUGAAGCUCAAUGAAGUCAUAGUUAACAAGUCCCAUGAAGCAAAACUGGUUUUGUUGAAUAUGCCAGGACCACCCCGAAACCCUGAAGGUGAUGAAAACUACAUGGAAUUUCUAGAAGUCCUCACCGAGGGAUUAGAGAGAGUCCUCCUUGUCCGGGGUGGUGGCAGCGAAGUGAUCACCAUUUACUCAUAGUCAGCUUGUGGAAGAUACUGCUUGAUCUUACUUUCCCUAAAAGACUCAUCGUCCAUGGAGAUGACAGCUCUUUCCUAACACUCUGUUCUUGUGGAACUGAGCCCCAACUAUGUUCUUGGCUGCAACAUGAUCUGCCAUCUCUAAACAUCAGAAUGGUCAAGUCCUAAAAGCUAUUUCUGUGGCAGGAGAAGGCAAGUCAUAAUUAACAAGCUAAGCCAAAGGGAACCUUUUGGUACUGCUGAAGGUAGUGAGUUAGUAACAUAUGCUAGAAAUUUAACUAAAAACAAGUUAAUAUCCAUAAUUCAGGAUGAGUCUCAGAAGGCACGGUUCUAGAUGGCACCAGGGAGGUAGCCAAAAAAAAAAAGGUGGCCAAGUAUGUUACCAUUGUGGAGCUAGCCUGUGGCAAGCCAAGUAAACCUUAGGAUACUGAUAUAUAAAACCUGAAACAUAGCUGCAGCCUCUACUUCUUACUCAAAAAUCAGAUCCCUCAGAUACUAAGUUUUAUUGUCCUUACUGUUCUACUGUGUAUUUCAACUUUCUUUUAAAAACCAUUCUGUGGUUGUAAUGCAGACAGUGUUACUGUGGGAAAUGUUUUUCAUAUUUUCAAAUGGCUGGACUAAGGGGAUUCCAGAGAAUACCUAUUAAAAUGUGCAGGAACAGAGCCUGUGGUUAGCUAUGCAACUCAAAGCACACAAUGUACCAUCCAAGAAAUGUAGGUGGUUUUGCAGCUUAACCAGGAGGGUCUCUUCUUUUAUCCUUAGUAGGCACUGAUUUAAAAAAAAAAAAGAAAGUAAGGGGGGGAAAAGCCGUAAGGAAGAGACACUAGGACUGUGUACUGCCACCUCCAUGGGGUCCCAGCAGUGGACCUGGGCAUGUGAGAGCCAUACCCUUUACACGGUGCCAAAGUCAUCUGUCUAAAGUGGCAGACAGUUUUGCAUUGGCCUGACGUAAGCAGCUCUUCUUUCACAAGAAGUGAAAUUGUGGCCUCUUCACCAAAGCCAUAGUGAAGACUUGAGGCACUCACCUCCAUGCCCAGAGCUGAGCUUUCCUCUUUCAAUGUUACUCUUCAUUCUGACUCCAGAAACUUGGUUCAAAACCAAUGGUCUGCUCGCCAGUUUUGUUUUCAAAAGCUCUAAAUGUGCCAAGAAAAUACUUGUGUAAGCUCGGCUUUUUUUCUAAUUUAUUGAUCAUGAACACCUGGCUUACCAGCAUUGGAAGUCUGUGAGUGAGCAGUAAUUUCAAGCAUGUGAAACCUUCAUAUUCUUUACAAGAUAAUUAAGAAACUGUCUUCUUAUAUACGUGGCUGCUAUUAAAUUCCCCUUUACUUAUGGUAAAUUGUACUGCACUCCAUACCCUGUAGGACAUGGAACAUCCAGAAUUCAACCCCAGCAACAGAAGAAAACCCUCAAAAAUGGCUUAAGAAGCUGAGUCAUAUGAUUUGUUCUUCAUCCCCCCCAUGCCUACUCAAGGUAGCAGAGAGGAUCCAGAAUCUUUUCCUACUCCUCCCUGCAGAGGGUAGAAACUACAGUUCCCUUUCUGACACUCCAUUGCAUAGUUGAGUAUAGUCCUCUAGGCUCCAAGGUGUUAAACACCCUUCUGUAAAAGCCAGCCUCCCCAGGAACUACCUAGCACAUCUACCCCUGACCAAAGUGAUACCACCCUUUUCCCCAUCAAACAAAUAUGGGCAGAGUAAAGUUAACUUUUACAAACAAAGGCUGUUUGUGGUUAGAGCUAUGUAAGAAUCUUUAAAAGGGUAAGAAAAUUAGUAGCUACUAAUAUAGCUAUUAUUUCAGUCCCUAAAACAUAAAAUCACUGUUACAUGGAAAAAAUGGUUAUUAGGCCAGAUUUAUACUCAUCUCUGUCUAGAGCAUUUCAUGUCUAUGUGUGGCUUAUGUUGUCUGUCUAUAAAGUGUCUUUAUCUCUUUUAAUCACUGCAAAUAAAGCAAUACUGAAAACUUGAGAGAAAAUGCACCUUAGGGGAAGGGGCCAAUGCUUCUAGAGGGAAGAGAAAGACCUUCUCCUGCCUUCUUACAAGAGCCAGCUUUGGUCUUACCCAUGAGUUUAGCAGGGCAGGCUGUAACAUUCGUUCUCCCCACACUGGUCCUCCUCAGCCUUUCAUAGCUAUCUUAAAAGCUGGAGUUUGAACUGCAGGGCCUGUCUGACAGGUGCCAGCUUCCUCUUGGUAGAGGAAAAGUCACUGCUUUUCAUCUUCCGUUCCCUCCUAUUCUUGUGGCCCCAAGGAUCCCAUUAAUCCUCAUUCCCCCUAAAUGUUAAAAAACUUCUUAUUGUGGGUAUUGAAAUAAGUUACACUGUAAGCAUAUUUACAUGCUCCUUUUUCUGGUUUAUUUUUCUUUUCAUCAUGUAUAAUUUGAAUCCAGCAUUAGUUUCUCAACAUCUUCCAAAAAAUGUCUGACACAGAAUUUUUGUCUCUGCUUAUGCGAUAUAGAAGUGAAAUAUUAUAGGUUUAAGGGGAACUUGAGAAACUUUUAAAAGCAUUGUUCUUCAACAUUUAAUUUAUUGGAAGGAGAUGCUGCUAUUCAGCAGCUGCUAUUGUUUUGUUUACAAAGAGUCUGGUUUUGUUUGUUUUGCUCUGUGCUGGGAACAUAAAUAAAGUUUUCUACAUUAUUUUCAGUCA